AUGGGGCCCCGGGCGAACGAGCUGGGCCGCCUGCUGCUGGCAGUGUCUGUGGCCCUCACGCUGCCUACGGGCCCCCCAGGCUCCCGGGGAGCCCGGAUCAUCGGGGGCCACGAGGUGAAGCCCCACUCCCGGCCCUACAUGGUGUCUGUGGCCUUCGAGGGCCAGCACCACUGCGGAGGCUUCCUGCUCCGCUCCCGCUGGGUGGUCUCCGCGGCCCAUUGCUUCAGCCACAGGGACUCCCGAAUGGGCCUGGUGGUGCUGGGGGCUCACGUCCUGCACAGCUCGGAGCCCACACGACAGGUGCUGGGCAUCUCCACCGUCGUCAGGCACCCGGACUACCAGCCCACCACCCACGCCAACGACAUCUGUCUACUGCAGCUCAACGGCUCUGCCAUCCUGGGUCCUGCAGUGGGGCUGCUGAGGCUGCCACGGAGAGACGCCACGCCACUCAGGGCUGGGGCACGCUGCCGGGUGGCUGGCUGGGGCUCUGUAUCCGAUUUCGAGGACCUGCCACCCGGGCUGAUGGAGGCCGAAGUGCGCGUGCUGGGCCUGGACGCCUGCAACAGCUCCUGGAAGGGUCAGCUGAGCCCUGCCAUGCUCUGCACCCACAGUGGGGACCGCCGGAGGCGUGGCUUCUGCUCGGCGGACUCUGGGGGACCCCUGGUGUGCAGGAACCGGGCACAUGGUCUGGUCUCCUUCUCUGGACUCUGGUGCGGCGACCCUAAGACCCCUGAUGUGUACACGCAGGUGUCUGCCUUCGUAAGCUGGAUACAGGAUGUGGUUCGAAGGCCCAACGGGCCCCAGCCCAGUCCCCUGCCCGGGACCGCUGGGUUCCUGCGGGAGUUGCCUGAACCACAACAGCACGGGGUACACAAAUGAGGUGGUAAAUGAUUCAGAUAGCUCCUGCCUGGAAAUUCCACGGCUGGGGCAGGGCAUCCGUGGGCCCCUGAACUCCAGGAAGCCUGGUGUAUCCGUGGGGUGGAGGGUGGGGUAGAGAGGGCAUCGGUUCCAAAUGCAAAGGGCCCAAAUGACCAAAUAAAAUGUUA